GCCAGAGUAACCGCCGUGUGCAGCACGGACAGCAGCUAGACGGGCUGAACUGUCCUUUUAGACACGCGCCUGGAAGCUCCCAGGUUCAUUUUGACGCUUGUGAAGGCAACAUGGUCGAUACAGUACAAGAAAAGGAUUCUGAGUUUGAAGAUUCCGCAGAAGAUGACAUGGGGCUAAAUCUUCAGAUGCACCUUUUGUCCCCUGAAAGAUCAGAUGAAAGACACAGGGACCAUUGUGAUUAUCUGCUAGAUGCUCUUGAUGAACAACUCGACCAACUCCAGUCACAGUCCAGCUUCAAAGCUUCUGUAAGAAACACUAACCACACCAAAGACACAAGUGCACCAGAUAAGGAGCAGCUGCAUGAAGUCUGUUCUAAGGAGCCUAAAGAUGCCAAUACGUUUGAUUCUAGUAAACAAAAGAAAGAUACAGAAAGUAAGAAAGAUGAGUACAAGUGGAGGCUGGCACAGCUCCUAGGAUUGGGACAGACAGACGGCCAAGGGUACCAGAGCGACACCAACUCUGCAGAAAGUGUGUGCACGGAGGACUUUGCAGUGAAGUUUAAUCAAGGACUGAUUCAGCCAAUAGCAAAUAGCAGGGGCAGCGAUGGAAAAACAUUGGCAGACUGUUCUGAAGGAAUAUCCCUAUCACUUCCAUUAUGCGAGGGCAGCACUGCAGAUAACUUCUCACUGAACACAGCAAGAAGAGAAGACAUCCUGCAACAGUUCAAAGAUGAGUUAGGAGAUGACUUGCAGGCUGCUCUUACCAUGAGUGUUGAAGACAAACUUCCAGCAAACCGUAAAAAUAGGAGAGAUAGUGUUGAGUCCUUGGGGGGGCGAAUAUCCAGACUUAGCCAAGCAAAUAUUUCUGAGCCAAUAGACUUACUCAGUUUGGAGAAAAGGAGUUCUGCUGUAAGCCGCUUGUCAUCUAGAGGUGGAGAUGAGCACCAGGAAGGCCCAGGUACUCUCAAAGGUCACUUGGUAGAUACGCCGCUUACUCUACAUGCUCGUAGCUCUGAGGAGCGAAGACACAUCAGCAGGACUGAUGCUCCACAGUCAUUCAAUGGUUAUCAGGCUGCCAGGCAGGAUAAUAUGACUGCUGAGAAGUUAGAGCCAUGUUUAUCUGAGGAACCUGCUGCUGAUGUAUCUUCAUAUGAUACAGCAUCAUUUAUUCCUAAGGAGAACAUUGAGCAGAAGAGUAAAAGCGAAUGUAAAAAGGCAGAGAAUACGAUGAGCACAGCUCACAGCAGCAGGCAGGGCUCCCGUACAGACACAUUAGACGCAGGCAGGUGGACAUCAUCAUCAUUACCACACUCCAAGAAUGUAUUUUUAGGUCACACAAAAGAAGAUGACAAGAAUGCGGCCAUUGUCUCUCAGCAGACAGACUUCAGUGUGCUGCCCAGCCAUGUGGACAGGAAGGACGUGGCUACACGGAAAGCGUUAUCCAGUGAGAAAGUUGGAAGAGAAAUAACACAAACAAACUGUAACUUCAGUUUAACAGGUAUAAAUGAACAAGCUAAAGAUCUGGUCCAAGUUGAAUCGUCACUGAGGGAUGAAAUCCCGGGUUCUGCUCUUUACAAACAUGUGGCCGGCAUUGCUUUGAAGAGUUUUGAUGCAGUGACUGUGGACAGUGAUUUGGACUCUGUGACAACAGAGCGAGUGCAGGAUCACAUUCGGAAAGCUCUGAGCAGCAGCAAAAGAGAUCCUGGUCACAACGCCAGAAGAUACCAUCGCAGUGGUCACGACCGUGGACGAUACACUGACCCCAGCAAGGAGUCCACAGAUGAUGAAGAUGACAAAGACUUCGAUAGGACCUUCAGUAACACUGAAUGGAGGAGUGGAAGCCCCAGACGGUGGAGUUCAAGUCCACUUAAAUCAAUCGAGUCUUCCAAAAGCCGGGCUACUAAGGGCAUUCCCAGUGACUUGUCGUGUUCUCCUGAGCAAGUGCAGAGCAGGAGGAUCACAGAGAACCUUGCAACUGAAAGGGCAAUUCUGGAGGAGACUGUCGCCAAACUCCGAAGAGACAUAACGCUUGAAGAAGAGAGACUUUCACAGCGGAAAGUUCAGGCCAGAGAGGCUGACCAGCAGUGUAAUGAUGCCAUACAGCAGAAGAAGGAAGCUUAUCACGAGCUAGAAUCUCUGCGUGAUUUACUAGAGAAGACCCAGAAAGAAGUGGCAAAACUGGAGUCACAUGUGAGGGAGAGUCAGAUCACAGAUGAGGAGUACAGGAGUGAGCUGGUAAUCCUGGAAUACAAACGCAACAAGUACCUGAAGGAACUGCAAGAGCUUGAGGUGGAACUGGAAUCCAUACAGCAGCAAUGUUCCAAUGCUCACAGCAGCCAGAUCGCCAACUUUCAGUAUGAGAUCUCCACUUUGACAAUGGAACGAGAUGAAUUAAUGGCUCGUGUGCGCCACAUGGAGGGGAGUCUGACGUUUAUGGAACGGCAGGAGCUAGAACGCCAGCUUGCCAAUACAAAGUCAGAGCUAUUCUCCGAGCAGCGAACAUCCAGAGCAAAGAUAGAGAAGCUGCAAGAGAGUUUAGAGGAGUCUCAGUGUAAACUGGAGGAAACAAGUGCGACCUGUGCUGAGAAGCAGGAGAAGAACAAGCAGCUCAAAUCCCAAUUACGCGAGCUUGAGAAGAAAUACCAGAUUCAAUUCCAGACUCAGGAAGAAGAAGCCAGUGUCCAGCAAGAAGCAUUUAACCAACAGAUCACUGACCUAAACUCCCAGAUCAGAGAACAGAGCACAAGAAUAGCCUCUCUGGAGAAGAUCCUAUCUGAGAAGGAGCUGGACCUGCUGAAGCUGCGGGAUCUGUUGUCUUCUAUGAAGGCUGAGAAAGAGGCGCAGAUGCUGGCUGUAGAAGCUAUGAGAGAUGAGCACAAUAAGGGACUGGCUGAACUACACCUCCAGCAUCAGCAGGACAGGGAUCUUCAUAUUGUAAAACUAAAGGAAGAGAUGCAUAGCCAAAAACAGAGGGAAAUCCAGCAGUUUGCAGAAAAUAUGGAGCAGGUGAAAGCAAAAGCUCUUAAGGAUCAAGCUGAAGCUCUGAAAAAAGAAAUGGAGAACGUAGUAAAGUCUCUGGAGCUGAAAGACAAAGACAUUGCAAAGCUGAAGGAGACUCUCAAGUCACAAAAAGAAUCCAUGAAGAAGCUAGCUGUAGAACUGAAGCAAGAAGCAAGAGAGAUGGUGCACAAUACACUAGUGCAUGAGCAGAAAAAGUGGGACAGUGAAAAGAGGGAUGCACUACAAAUACAGAGGCACACAAUGGAAGAGGAGAGGCUUCUAGAGCUGGCUGAUCUGCGGGAAGCACUGGAAAGGGAGCGCCGCACAUCUAUGACAUUGGAAAAGAAAUCUGCCGACCUUCAAAAUAUAAUUCAGGAGCAUGAAAUUUACCAACGUACCCUACAGCGGGAGAAGCAAGAAGCUUUGGAUGAGCUACGUGCAGUCCUGAAAGAAGAGAAGCAAGAAGAGAUGAGGAGACUCGAGGAUGAGCUGGCACAAGAAAAGGAGCGGGACAUUGAGCGCCUGAAGCUGAGGAUGCAGCAGCUGGAGGAAGAGCAGCAUGUGCUCAGGGCUGAAAAGAAUGAAUCGAUAUUCAGAGAGAGGGAGGCACUGGCUCAGGCUGAGCGAGCUGAAAGGGCCCUGGCCAGGGAGAUCAGUGCGGCUUGUGAGCGUAUCCAGUGCACUACCGGGAAGCCUAACAUUCAAAGCCCAUCGCGGAGCAAACAUGGAAGCCCCUCUCGUCUUUCCACCAACCAAGCGUUACAUAUGCUGCAUGGAGUAAGUGAGGAGACCAACCAGCUAUUUCAUGAAUUACAUCAUGAAGUGGAAGCACAAAAGCGCGCUAUCCUACAUGUGCAAAGAGAGAAGGAACGUGAGUUACAGCAGCUAAAGGAGCAGUUUCAGCUGGAGAAGGAAAAGGCUCUGGAAAUGUUAAAGGAGAGACUCAUACAGGAGCAUAUAGAAGAAAUCACCAAUCUGCAGCACGACCAGCUGAGAGACUCCAAUGGGGCAAACACCCAGUCUCUGCGGCAGCAGCUCCGGGAGAAGGACAACGAGCUGCGAGCCAUACAGAGGAACAUGGCCAAGUGGAAAGACGAGACUGCCACAAAGCUUGCUCGGAAAUUUGAAGAGGAACUUAAUGCAGAACUUGAAAAGAGUUUAUCCAGGAGCAAAGCCUCAGAGAGUUACAGGAACUCAGAGAGGGUUGGAGCAGCUGUUCGCAGACUGUCAUUGGAAAGGAGAGAAAACUCCCAUCUACGCUCAGCCUCUACGCCAUCACUCAAUGGGCCCGUGUCACAGCAUGACUCCAGUGCCUUAAAGAUUCUGCACAAUUUGCAAGGGAGAGUAAGGGAACUGCGGACAGAUAAUAGAUUGUACCAUGGUGGCAGCAUGGAUGACCUGAGUAGACUAAGGACUGACCUGGGAAACUCCUACAGAGAGAAAAGACCUAUAAUUAUGGAGCGAUCCAUGUCACAGAUACAAGGUAGUAUGAGGAAGUAAUUAGACAUGUAAAUUAGACAUGUUUCCAAGGCUCAUCCUUCAUGCGUGACUGGAGAGAGGAACUUGUAUAAAACAUCUGAGCUUUCAUCUUCAAAAGGGAAAAUAAGACAUAUAUCAGGUCAUGUGAUCUGAUGAUUACAUCCUUGGCGGAACAUUGGGCAGAAAAUACCUGUUCUGUUUACAAAGUGAUACAAAUAUAGGAGAUUGCACUAAUCUUCCAAUAUGCAUUAUGUGCUUUUGUCAACUUAACAUCCUAGAAAUUUAGUAUGAUGAGGUGUGAGAGACAACGUGAAACACUGUGAAUUUUUAUUCCUCUAUAUUCUGAGAAACAGAACAUAGAAAUAACAUAAAGGUGUACAGUAAUUACUACAUACUGAGAUUGCAUAAUAACAGUAGAAAUUGUAUCUUAAUGUAUGUAUUAUUUAUGCUGUAGGUUAGGGAAAAGAAGCUAUAAUGUAAUUUGCCUAUGUUUCUUUUUUAUAUAUAUAUGUUUUGUACU